CAGCUCUAUUUGCUGAUGAGAGUAGGGAGGAAAGGAUGGGGUCUGGGAAAUGGACUUCACUCUUUUGGGGAGGAAGGGGAGUGGGCCCAUCUGGGUUUGGCUCUUCUUCCACAGCGGAUCAGGUCACCGAAGGAAUUGAUGCGGGUAACCUCACCGCCAUUGUCACCGGUGCAACUAGUGGAAUCGGAAUUGAGACAGCCAGAGUACUGGCCCUUAGGGGUGCCAAUGUGAUCAUUCCAUGCCGAAGGCUAGAUAGUGGCUUAAAGUUACAAGAAAGAAUUUUGGAAGAAAACCCCAAUGCUAGAAUUGAAGUUAUGGAGAUGGAUUUAAGCUCUCUUGAUUCCGUUGAGUCAUUUGCUCGCUGCUUUUGUUCUUCGCAUGAACACCUAAACAUACUGAUUAAUAAUGCAGGAAUAUUUGCUUGCCCCUUCCAACUGUCCGUGGAUGGAGUUGAGCUGCAAUUUGCUACAAAUUAUCUUGGACACUUCCUUCUGACGGAUUUGUUAUUGGACAAGAUGAAAACCACUGCCAAAAAAACAGGGAGACAGGGAAGGAUAGUCAAUGUUUCAACUUUUGGUCAUACAAGAAAUUUUGAUGAGUCUUGGUUUGAUCUGAAUAAGAUAAAUGAUCGAUCAAAGUAUGAUCGUUUUGGUGCCUAUUCUCACUCCAAGCUUGGAAACAUUUGGCAUGCAAGUGAGCUCUCUCGUUGUUUACAGGAAGAAGGCUGUAAUGUUACAGCGAACUCUCUACAUCCAGGAGUUAUAGCUACCAACCUAACCCGUUUCAUGAACUUGAAGCAAUUCACAUUGGAAUCAAUUGCUUUUGUUUUCAAGCUGUUCAUAAAAACCAUUCCACAGGGGGCAGCAACUUCUUGCUAUGUAGCUUUACAUCCAGCAGUAAGGGAUGUAACGGGAAAGUAUUUUGUCGACUGUGAUGAGGCUUUGCCUUCUCUUGCAGCAAGAGACAAAGAGUUGAGCAGAAAGUUCUGGAACUUCACAAAGGAACUGUUGGUUAAACUCAGAAAGGCUAAUGCGCACUUUGGAGAGUAACCUUGUUUUGGUCACCUCUGAAGCACUUAAUGAUAAUUGAUUUAUAGAAUUUCAUUGUUGAUUCAGACUUCGAACUAGCAGAGAAGGAAGGGUGAUGUAAGUGAUGACCAUGUGUCGAAUUGGCUUAGCAAUUCAGUUUUAUCUGAUCCAUGUAAUAAUCCUACAACUCAAAUCUGUUAGGUUUCUUCUGCGUUAGAAGACUCAAUAUUGGAUCUUUUCCCUCUUGUCCUUGGUCCUGGGCAAGUUUUUAGUACACCUGAAAUUAUAGUGCGACGAGCAUUUGUAAUCUAUAGUUGCCAGUUUAUACAUUGUUGGCUGGCAGUUAAUUAGCUUUUGAUUGAAAUGUCUAGA